AUGACAAUGAAACCCUUCACCAUUUUUCAUUAUCAAAAUUUCAUUUCUUUUCCUUCUUUUCUUCCUUUUCCUUGCAUCCCUAAAUGGUGUCACAAUGGUCUGCUAUUUUCUUUUUUUUCCUGUUCUGCCUCAGUCCUUUUAUUCUUUUUCUUUUUCAAUGUUUUAAAUUUCUGCAUAUUUCCUUUUGUUUUUCCUUUUUGCUUUUUUCAGUUUUUUUUUUCUAUUUUAACUUUUUCAUGGUCUGCUAUUUUCGUUUUUCCUGUCCUGCCUCUGUCCUUUAUUCUUUUUCUUUUUCAAAUUUUUUUUAUUUUCUUUUUUUUCAACAAAUGGUCUGCUAUUUUUUUUUUUUUUCCUGUCCUUUCUGUCCUUUAUUCUUUUUCUUUUUUUUUCAAUGUUUUAGCUUUCUGCAUAUUUUUUUUUUUUUUUUUCUUUUUGUUUUUUUCUUUUUUUUUUUUCUUUUCUAUUUUAACUUUUUUUUUCAUGGUCUGCUUUUUUCUGUUUUUUUUUUUCUGUCCUGUCUUUGUCCUUUUAUUCUUUUCUUUUUUCAAUGUUUUAGCUUUCUGCAUAUUUCCUUUUGUUUUUCCUUUUCUGCUUUUUUUAGUUUUUUUUUCUUUCUUUUUAAAACAAAAAUCAUGGUCUGCUAUUUUUCUUUUUUCCAGUCCUGCCUCUUUUUUUUUUUUUCUAUUUUUUUUUUUUUUCAUGGUCUGCUAUUUUUUUUUUUCCUGUCCUGCCUCUGUCCUUUUUUUCUUUCUUUUUUCAAUUUUUUUAGCUUUCUUUCAUAUUUCCUUUUUUUUUCCUUUUCUGCUUUUUUUUUUUUUUUUUUUUCUUUUCUAUUUUAACUUUUUCAUGGUCUGCUAUUUUCUUUUUUUUUCCUGUCCUGCCUCUGUCCUUUUAUUCUUUUCUUUUUCAAUUUUUUUUUUUUUCUAUUUUAAUCAUUUCAUGGUCUGCUAUUUUUUUUUUUUUCCAGUCCUGCCUCUGUCCUUUUAUUCUUUUCUUUUUUCAUAUGUUUUAGCUUUCUGCAUAUUUCCUUUUUUUUUCUUUUCUGCUUUUUUUCAUCUUUCUGCAUAUUUCCUUUUUUUUUUCCUUUUUUGCUUUUUCAUUUUUUUUUUCUAUUUUAACAUUUUCAUGGUCUGUUAUUUUCUUUUUUUUUUUCCUGUCCUGCCUCUGUCCUUUUAUUCUUUUCUUUUUUUCAAUGUUUUAAAAAAAACUUUCUGCAUAUUUCCUUUUGUUUUUUCCUUUUCUUUGCUUUUUUCAUUUUUUUCUUUUUAUUUUUUUUUCUUUUCUUUUUUUUUGUCUGCCUAUUUUUCUUUUUUCAAUUUUUAUUUUCCUAUUUCUGUUUUUUUUUUUUUUUUUUUUUUUUUCUAUUUUGUUUUUUUCAUGGUCUGCAUAUUUUCUUUUUUUUUUUCCUUUUUGUCCUUUUUUUCAGUUUUUUUUCUGCAUAUUUUUUUUGUUUUCCUUUUUUUUUCAUGGUUCUUUUCUAUUUUUCUCUUUUUUUUCCUUUUUUCCUGCCUCUGUCCUUUUUAUUCUUUUCUUUUUCAAUGUUUUUUUUCUGCAUAUUUCCUUUUGUUUUUCCUUUUCUGCUUUUUUAUUUUUUUUUUCUUUUAUUUAUUUUUUCUGAAAAGAAAACAAAGAUGUCCUGUCUCUGUCCUUUUUAUUCUUUUCUUUUUUCAAUGUUUUUUUUUUCUGCAUAUUUCCUUUUGUUUUUUAUUUUCUUUUUUUUUUUUUUUUUUUUUUCUUUUUUUUUUUCAUGGUCUGCUAUUUUCGUCCUUUUGCCUUCUUUUUAUUCUUUUCUUUUUUUUUUUUAACUUUCUGCAUUUUUUUUUUUUUUUUCUAUUUUUUUUUUUUUUUCUUUUUAAUGUUUUUUUUUUUUCUAUUUUAACUUUUUCAUGGUCUGCUAUUUUCUUUUUUGUCCUGUCCUGUCCUUUUUUUUUCUUUUUUUUUUUCAAUGUUUUAGUUUUUCUGCAUAUUUUUUUUUGUUUUUUCCUUUUCUUUUUCAGUUUUUUCUUUUCUAUUUUAAUCUUUUUUCAUGGUCUGCUAUUUUUUUUUUUCCAUCCUGCCUCUGUCCUUUUAUUCUUUUCUUUUUUCAAUGUUUUAGAAGUUUGCAUAUUUCCUUUUGUUUUUUUCUUUUUAUUUUUUUCAGUUUUUUCUUUUCUUUUUAACUUUUUCAUGUUUUUUCUUUUCUAUUUUAACUUUUUUCAUGGUCUGCUAUUUUCUUUUUUUUCCUGUCCUGCCUCUGUCCUUUUAUUCUUUUCUUUUAUCAAUGUUUUAGCUUUCUGCAUAUUUCCUUUUGUUUUUCCUUUUCUGCUUUUUCAGUUUUUUCUUUUCUAUUUUAACUUUUUCAUGGUCUGCUAUUUUCUUUUUUUUUCCUGUCCUGCCUCUGUCCUUUUAUUCUUUUCUUUUUUCAAUGUUUUAGCUUUCUGCAUAUUUCCUUUUGUUUUUCCUUUUCUGCUUUUUUUUCUUUUUUCUUUUCUAUUUUUAAAUUUUCAUGGUCUGCUUUUCUUUUUUUUUUUUUUUUUCCUGUCCUGCCUCUGUCCUUUUAUUCUUUUCUUUUUCAAUGUUUUUUUCUUUCUGCAUAUUUCCUUUUGUUUUUCCUUUUCUGCUUUUUUCUUUCUGUUUUUUUUUUUUUUUUCUAUUUUAACUUUUUCAUGUUUUUUCUUUUCUAUUUUAACUUUUUUCAUGGUCUGCUAUUUUCUUUUUUUUCCUGUCCUGCCUCUGUCCUUUUAUUCUUUUCUUUUAUCAAUUUUUUUUUUCUUUUCUAUUUUAACUUUUUUUUGGUCUGCUAUUUUCUUUUUUUCCUGUCCUGCCUCUGUCCUUUUAUUCUUUUCUUUUUUUCAAUGUUUUAAAUUUCUGCAUAUUUCCUUUUGUUUUUCCUUUUCUGCUUUUUCAGUUUUUUUUUUUCUAUUUUUUUUUUUUCAUGGUCUGCUUUUUUUUUUUUUUUUUCCUGUCCUGCCUCUGUCCUUUUUAUUCUUUUUUUUUUUCAAUGUUUUAGCUUUCUGCAUAUUUCCUUUUGUUUUUCCUUUUUUUGCUUUUUUUUCAGUUUUUUUCUUUUCUAUUUUUUAUUUUUCAUGGUCUGCUAUUUUCUUUUUUUUUUCCUGUCCUGCCUCUGUCCUUUUAUUCUUUUCUUUUUUCAAUGUUUUAGCUUUCUGCAUAUUUCCUUUUGUUUUUCCUUUUCUGCUUUUUUUUCUUUUUUUCUUUUCUAUUUUAACAUUUUUCAUGGUCUGCUAUUUUCUUUUUUUUUUCCAUUUUUUCUUUUCUAUUUUAACUUUUUUCAUGGUCUACUAUUUUCUUUUUUUUUCCAGUCCUACCUCUGUCCUUUUAUUCUUUUCUUUUUUCAAUGUUUUAGCUUUCUGCAUAUUUCCUUUUGUUUUUCCUUUUCUGCUUUUUCAAUUUUUCCUUCUUUACUUUUUCAUACUUUUUCUUUUCAAUGUUUCACUUUUUUUUUCUUCUUUAAUAUUUCUUCUUUUUUCAUAUUUUUCUCUUGAAGCUUUUUUACUUUCUGUUUUUUCCAUUUUACUUUCAUAUUUUUAUUUUAUUUUUUGUCUUUUCCCUUUUAUUCCUUUUCUUUUUUUCCGUAUUUUCCUUUUCAUUUGUUUCCUUUCCUGCUUUUUCCUGUCCUGGAUUUCAGAAUCUUUUUCCUUCUUUGCUUUUUCUCUUUGUUAUUCAUUUUUUUCUUUCCUGCAUUUUUUCCGUUUCUGCUUUCUUUCCUUUUCUUUUCUCAAUAUUUCCCUUUUCUGCAUUCUUCGUCUUCUUCUGCUUUUUCCCUUUUUUAACCUUUUCUAA